AUGGCCAACAAGGCAGCCGCAACAAGCACGCCAAAAAAACAAGAGAAGAUAACUCCUGGGAUUACUCCCCUUGCCGAGCGUCAUAAACAGCUGGUGACGUCACCAGCGACCACCACUGGGGCCAGCAGGCCGGCCAUCGAGAAAGAAAUUCUAGGGCCACUUCGUGUCUGGCACAUCAUUGGUAUCGUGGUCACAGUGCUUCUCAUAGCUGUUGUGAUUGGCUGCUGUUGUUACCACGACUUCCGGGUGCCGCGGACACGACAGGAGAUCAAGGCCAACCACGAGAAGCGGAUGAUGAACAAAAAAUAUUUGUUCGUUCUGGAGAGACGGCCUGACGACCUGCUCAAACCUGACCCAGAAAAACAAGCCACGAGAGCCAGGGAGCAGCCCCGCCCUAAUCCACUAACCAAUCACAGAACAGCUCCCAAACCACAGGUGCUCCCCAAACCUGCUCUUGACAGACCACGUGACACUUCCGGUGGCGGGAACCACGUGAAGGCAAAACGAGGCUGGGGCACGGCAGACGACUACACGGGUGUGCCCAGGACGCCCAAAAAAGUUGGGGUGGAGACGCCCCUGGCCAUGCACCCCAAGGAUCUGUUGUCCAUGAUGGCUAAAGUCAAGAAAACCAAUGGGGCUAGAGAGUAGGGGUCUUGUUGUCA